CUCCUCUCUUCCCUUUCUCAUCUUCUCUCCUCCAGAUCAACUUCAGGUGCAAACCGUCUUUCAGGGAAUCAGGCUCCAGGAACAUUCGAGAGCCCAUCGUUGUGCGUCAUCACUGGGUUCACCGGAGGCGUCAGGAAGGGAAAUGCAAACAAUGUGGAAAGGGCUUCCAGCAGAAGUUUGCUUUCCACAGUAAAGAGAUCGUGGCCAUCAGCUGCUCGUGGUGCAAACAGGCCUACCACAACAAGGUGUCCUGCUUCAUGCUGCAGCAGAUUGAGGAGGCGUGUCCAAUAGGAGCUCACGCUGCUCUCAUAGUCCCGCCCACCUGGAUUAUACGAGUAAAGCGGCAUCAGUCGUCCAUGAAGUCGAGUAAGAAGAAGAAGAGGACGUCGUUCAAGAGGAAAAGCAGCAAGAAAGGAGCAGAGGAAGGACGACUGUGGAAGCCGUUCAUAAUCCGGCCGAUCCCUUCACCUCUGAUGAAACCGCUGGUCGUGUUUGUUAACCCUAAAAGUGGAGGAAACCAGGGCACUAAGAUCCUGCAGUCCUUCAUGUGGUAUCUGAACCCCCGACAGGUGUUUGACCUGAGCCAAGGAGGACCGACUGAGGGGUUGGAGCUGUAUCGUAAAGUCCACAACCUGAGGAUCCUCGCCUGUGGAGGAGACGGCACUGUCGGCUGGAUCCUGUCUAGUCUCGAUGAACUCGGAUUAAACCCUCAACCUCCCGUCUCUGUGUUACCGCUGGGUACGGGAAAUGACCUCGCCAGGACCCUGAACUGGGGAGGGGGCUACACGGACGAACCCCUGUCUAAGAUCCUCUCACAUGUCGAGGAUGGGACCGUCGUGCAGCUAGACAGAUGGAAUCUACAGGUUGAACCGAACCAAAAUACAGGGGCUGAACCGGACGAACAACAAACUGAUAAGCUUCCCCUCGAUGUUUUUAAUAAUUACUUCAGUCUUGGAUUUGACGCCCAUGUGACUCUGGAGUUCCACGAAUCAAGAGAGGCGAACCCGGAGAAGUUUAACAGCCGCUUUAGGAAUAAGAUGUUCUACGCUGGGACGGCGUUCUCAGAUUUCCUGAUGGGAAGCUCCAAAGACCUGUCGAAGCACAUCAAAGUGGUGUGUGACGGCACAGAUUUAACCUCGAAGGUUCAGGACUUGAAGCUGCAGUGUUUGGUCUUCCUCAACAUCCCCAGGUAUUGUGCCGGCACCACACCUUGGGGAAACCCUGGAGAUCACCACGACUUUGAGCCGCAGCGGCACGAUGACGGGUACAUCGAGGUCAUCGGAUUCACAAUGACGUCACUGGCCACUCUCCAGGUUGGCGGUCACGGCGAGAGGUUGAACCAGUGCAGAGAAGUCACCCUCACCACCACUAAACCUCUCCCAGUGCAGGUGGAUGGAGAACCGUGCAGACUCGCUCCGUCCGUCAUCCACAUCAGCCUGAGAAACCAGGCCAACAUGGUGCAGAAAACCAAACGACGGACCUCCCUGCCUCACAUGAACGAUCAGCAGCCGGUCCCCGAGCGGCUGAGGAUCCGGGUCAGCAGGAUCAGCAUGACGGACUACGAGGCUCUGCACUACGACAAGGACAAACUACGGCAAGCAUCCAUUCCUCUGGGCCUGAUCGUGGUUCCUGGUGACAGCGACUUAGAGACCUGCAGAGAGCACAUCCAGCGCCUGCAAGAGGACUUCUGCUCUGUCCAGCCUCCCUUCAGAUGCUUUGGACCGCAGGUUGGUAGUCGGAAUGCGGAAGCUUGUUGUGUUUUUGUUUUGUUUGGCUCGGAGGCAGAAGGGAAACUUCUACAUUUUAUAGGCUGAUUACAAGCAAUUAAU